CGCCACUGAGUGAGGGUGUCAACGUUUGUUUUAUUCGAAACGACAAACCGACCUAGAGAGAUCAACAGCGAAACCAGUUGUCACUCGAUGGUGCAGUGGAACGAGAGAGGCGAGAUCGUUUCGGGCAUCUGCAUCUGCAAUUAUCCGAACGUGCCGUCGGUGAUUCCGGAAGAUUGGAUAAAUUGGUUGUACGCGUUGUACAGGCCGCAACAAGUGUCGGAAAAGAACUCGAUGUUCGUGCACAUGCUCGUCUGGGACAGCCGAUACACCGGCCACUUCUUCGAAAAACUCCUGUGCGGAUUGUUCGAUGUCACCUCGUAUUUGGAAUACGUACUCAUCGUGAUUCCUCCUCGGAUCAUUCUCAACGACAUUUUCGAGAAACAGAUGAUCAGGAUUCCGUUAAAUUCUGAGAAUGACCAUCCCUCGUACCAAUCCGUGUACAUGAGCGAUCGUUUUCUGAAAAAACCAAGGUUGAAAAUUCGCCGCGUAGUGGAAGAGGAUAACGACGACGUGGUGUCGAUCAUCGACGCCGAAACGCCUCUGUUGAAAGAGUUUUACGGUGAAUUUUACGUGAGCGAGAUGGUUCGUAACCCCGACGGUUGUCGAAAAUUGAUCAUCUCCGAGGAGGACGACAGGGCAACCGGUGUGAUGUUCAUUAAUAAGAACAUAGACGUGGACACACUGAUCAACAAUUUCCAGUUGGUGCCGUACAACGGCCUUAAAAAACCCCACAAGAAAGAUGUACUCCCGGAGGAAUAUAUGAGGCCUGACAGCGAGACGUUCUUCUCCUUUUUCACAAAGAAAUCUUGGGAUAUUGAUUCGGAAGGGUAUUCGAACCGCGUUAGAUCCUCCGUGAUAAUUUCUCCGGAAGAAAGCGUGGAAGAGAUCGCAGAACAGGCUACAGAACAACCGGUGGAAAUAAAAGAUGAAAAGAUGGAUCCGUCGACGAUAAGUUUCAUCAAUGAUCUUGCAGGGAUAACUCGUCAAUUUAGCAUGUACUACGAGUCGAAAAUGGAGUCGAGCGCGUUCGUCGAGUCGUUGUUCCACGUUCCACGACAGACGAUGGUUACCAGCAUAAUCGAGGACAUACAAUUGGAGGACAUCUAUAUUCCCGAACAGCCGGUUUACCACGGCCAAGUGAACGCGUUCGUUCUCGAGAUUUACGCGAUGAAACAGAAAAUGAAACUUCGGGAAAGCAGGAAUUUCAUCGAGGCCGCGUUCGAGAGCUUUCCGGAUUUGGAAUAUUGCGUGAUCCUUUUGCCCUCCAAUCACGUUUUCAUCCCUCUGCUCCAUCAUUUCGUGCGGGUGUCUCCGAAGUGCAACAAAGAUUAUCCAAUGAGUUUGUAUGUAACGCAUCGUGCCGCUCUUCUGGGUAAGAUAUCGCUCCGCGCUGGCAAGCCUCUCGACAAGCUGUUAUUGAAGAGAUUUUUAAAAAGGAUUCGAAAAUCGGAGUACGUUCUGCACGAUUUCGAUAAAGCGACGAUUAAGAAACGAUCGGACAUGUAUUCUUACAUCUUCAAGUGGAACAACAUAAUUAUCGGUCUUAUAAUUAUUUGCGCCGAGAACGAGACCUCGUACAUCAAGCGACGUUAUCACAUCGAGGAUUACAUAGCGAUACAAAAUAUCCCACCCAACGCUUACGCCCGUAUCCUCCAUUUCAUCCUAAUGCCAAUCUUCUCCAUUCACAUACCAUACAUCAUCAGCGAGAUUUCACGUCUGAGCGGCUUCGUUGUCUUUUACUAUCGACUCGAGGAGAGUUCGUUGAGCACGCUAACACGUAUGCAUCCCCUGGCGAUAUGCUUGACCGUAAUGAUCCCCGUGUAUCCCCGGCGAAGAAUAAAAUAUCGGUAUCGUAAUCUAAUCGAAACGGACAGGAAACCUAAAAAAGAAACCGAACCUUUCUCGCUCUUCUUGACGACGCCAAGAUUGUCCAUGAUGCUUGGUAAUGUCGUUGAUUCGAAGAUAGUCGUCGUGGGUGCCUCGGAUUGCGGCAUCGCGUUUGUGGAAGAACUUGCUCUUGGCUGCAAUUUCGUACGAUUCGCGAAUCUCACUUUGAUAUCGCCCAACGGUUUGCCUUACGACAAUGAUUACAACAAUUUGAGCGAUCGCAUGAUACCGUUCACCGGCCGAUACUGCCGGAAAUAUCGUCGGGAGAUUCCCACGCGUGUCUGGAUCAACAUCGUGUACGGGACGGUCAUAACGAUUAACAGGAAGGAGAAAUACGUGACCGUGUUGCAUCAAGGGAACAUCACGUACGAUUAUUUGAUCUUGACCUGCGGGAUGCAGUACCAAAAGCCCAAGUUUUACGACGAGUUGGAACUCGAGAAGAAAGGAGAAUUUUUGGAAAACGAAGUGCCUUGGAACAUGUUGACGAUCAACGACGAUACGGAAGCGGCCGUAUGCCUGGAGAAGAUAAAAAGGCAGACGGAAAAUUUGAAAAAGAAAAAGAUUAUCGUCUUUUACGGGCACAACAUAGAUUGCUACUGCGCUCUCCAAGGUUUGCUAGAAUUCGGAGUGGAUGGCUCUUGGAUCACGUUGAUCCAUCCCCCGUUGGCCCAGUGCACGGCCAAGGACGAGGCGUUCUUCGACGACUGCGAAGUGUACACGGAAGUGAUGGAGUCGAUCACGAGGAGCAACAUCAAAAUAAUCAUGGGAUGGGAAUUGAUUAAUUGGAACUUGGAGAACACGUCAAAUGGUAAAAUGAUCGAAUCGAUCAUUAUAAAGUCGAAGGGCAAGAGCAAAGUGAUAAAUUGCGACUUUUUAAUAAACUUUUACGAAAAGACUAUCGGCAUGAAGAUAUUCUUGGCGAUCUGUAGAUCCGGAUUGAUGUUCGACGGCCAAUUGGUCAUAGAUUCAGACUUGAGAACGAACGAUCCGUCGAUCUUCGCUGCUGGCACCAUAACCAAGUAUUGCAGAAGGUAUUACAGCGAGUCUUGGCAGCACAAAAACUUCAACAGAAUCGAGAUCGGCGAAAAAUUGGCGAAAAUCAUUCGAUCGUUCAUCGAAAACGAGCAUCAAGGCAAGGAUCCAGCGUCCAUACCAUCGAAGCGUAAAGCCUUCGAGUCGGUAUACGUGUUCCGAUUACCAUUGAUAGUGGCCUGCAUCGUACCCGGUGGUUAUCGAUUUCUUUACGUACGAAAGUGCGGUAAAAACACGCCGCGCAAGAUCGCGAUUCGUUUCGAUAUUUACGGUCAAGUGCUGAUCACGGGAUCGUGCAAAACCGAUAUGGGUUACUUUCGGAUAAGAUUAAAUCGGUUCAACGUGAUCGAGACGAUAACCUGUUUUAACAAAAAGAAUUUCGAAGUGGAUCAUAUAUGCUCGUUGUGGGGAAAACACGAGAGCCUGUUGAACAAUUUAAAGACGCGAUUCAAAGAAUCGCUGAUAGUGGACUUUUUCGAAUACUUUCGGGAACCGUGGGCCCUGGCCAUAUUUUACGAUAAAUUCGACUGUCUUCGGGUGGAGAAUCGUGCCACGCUCUUGUCGAAAACGGCGAUAUCCGGCCAAUCUUUGAUUAACGAUUGCAUACAUGCUCUAAUACGGUCGAAAUGGGAGGAGAUACAAAAGAACGAUCUUCAAACCAUCCAAUCGAGAUUCGCUGGUUCCUUUUACCAACAAGAGAUCGAGGAGAAUCUGCUCGACUUUCUACAAUUCUGCCAAGAGGAUCUACCUGUGUAUUGCACGCCCGAUAAAUUGAUCGAAUUAUACGAAGACAUCAAGGAGAGCCCACUGUACAACUUCUAAACUCUUGAGCAACCUAAUUUCUAUAUAUACAUAUAUAUAUAUAUAUAUAUUUUUCUUCUUCCUCUUCUUCUUCUCCUUUUUCUCGAUUCAAAAUAAAGAGAUCGCGAAACGAGCUUCCAAGUUUUAUUAUUUUAUACAUGAUUUUACGCCUCGAAUUCGCGCCAUGCAUUUUCGAUCGAGGCCCGACGGUUUCAAAAAACCGCAACGAACGUAUUGGCAACCGAUCGCGUUACACGUGGUGGACGAACGUUACCGACUUUUAAUAAACGCCCUCGAUCGUUCCAUCCGCGCCUAUUUACUCGGCAUGCGAUCCGAUCUGUGGGUCAAGUUUAACAUUCCGCCGUGCUGCUCCAUAAACAUACGGCUCAAGGCAGCGUCUACUUGCCGCCUACGCAUCGUGAAACAACAAACACGUCGUCACUGAAAUGUCGUGGCGUGCCUGUUUAAAGAGGCAGAAUUCUCUCUCUCUCUCUCUC